ACGCGUAACUACGCGAUUGAGUCUUAGCAAAAUGUUUUGCUCCAAACUUUUUUUUUUGUUUUUAAAGAUUUUCGAAUCAAGUUGCAGUGAUGUAUAAAUUUGUUUUUCAUAUGAUAGCCUUCGAGUAAUUGCGCACUUGGUUGCUAACAAAAUGACAAAGAUUAUAAUAUUUUAUAAAUGUUGAAUAAAUGUAUUUAGAUAGUGUUUUAGAAAAUAUGAAUGAUAUUACAGGAGCCCAAUGUGGGUGGAAGUGAGAUGGCAUCCAGGGAAAAGAAACCCUUAGCGCCUUCCAAAUCGAAACAGAAGGCGAGUAACGAUUCUGUCUUGCCAUCCAAUGAGGUCAAGAAUAAGAAAGGCAAGUCAUUGCUGAAUAUAAAGCAGCAGCAACUUGCGCAAGAGAUUUUUGAUACAGUAGCAACGGGUAGUCAACUUCCUGUUAAACUAGAGGCGAGCUUACCACGUAGGAAUGCCCUUAAAAAUCUGAAACGCAAACAGAACUUACGAGCAGCCAAGGCAAAUCUCAUCAAGUCCAAGGUUACCAAGAGAGUGACCAACAGGAUAAUUCCUGACGUUAAGAAGGGUGCAAAGUAUACGAAGAGAAUUAAGCAAUCGGAGGAGUCGGCCGUUAAGGCGGCAAUCGAUAUUGCUCCCAAACUUUCGGAAAAUCAGGCAAACAACGGAGACAACGAAGGUAGAGGAACUGAAACACCAAGUAAAAGUGCCAAGAAUAAUCUCAGGACCAAAAAGACCAAAUCUGACGUUCAAAGUAAGGAAGAGGCCAGUGCUACGUCCGGCACUAAAGUCAGUCCAAAACUUGGCAGGAAGGGGAAAACGACGGAAAGUUCUGAUUCUUUGUCAAAGAGUGCCAAAACAACCAAGUUAACCAGCUUGAAAAGGAAUAGUCUCAAGGACAAUCUCGUAAAAGUUGCAGAGGCUGAUAACAAGGGUACGAAAGGCCGGAAAAGCGCUGGCAGGGAAUUAGAUUGCACAAGAAGUAGCGUUGAGAAAUUUUCAAAGACUGUUUUGGAAAACAAGAAUUCUAUCGAUCUUACUAUAGACGAAGUGAUCGCUUCAAUGUUGAGUGACUCAGAAGUCGAAAGUCAACAGAGCGUCACGGAGAAGAUUGAAGGUAAAGUGACAAGAAGUAAAAAAAUGUUAGUUGACGAGAGUAUCGUCUGCGAUAUCGAGAUAAAGAAAGAACCCGAUUCCGACGAUACCAAAGUUACGUCAGACGGAGAGUCUGUGGAGACCGAUCAAGGAUUCCAUUUUCAGAAUGCCAUCCAAUUGAGAAAGAGAACGAAAGUCGGCUAUGUCGAUCAAAUAUCACAAAGAAGUUUGCGAAACGGAAAGCAGCGUCAGUUGUCAGAUUUGGGAAAUUCCGCAGAUAACGAUUCUAAAAAGCGACAUAGAUUAAAUUCGGAUGGAACUGUUGUCUCGGAUAAUUUGAUAGAACAUAUUUCGGAUUGUAAUACGAAUAUGGACUCUUGUUAUUCGGAUCCUGGUUGUAACGAAUCUCAAACGACAUCGAGCAAAGAGGAGGUUUGCUCGAAGGACGAAACGUCCACGUACGACGAGGACGCUGAAAUUGGAUUGGAAAUAGAGAACAAUAACAACAGCGAUCGCGCGGACAGAACGGAUGAGAUUGGACCGACUCUGCGUUCUAAAACUAAAGCAAAGACGGAGUACGAGUCAACGACGAGAGAGGACGACGUUAAAACUGAAGACGCACGAGUAACAGCCAGGUGUACGGAAGCCCAAGAGGAUUCAAAGAAACUUAACAAUUUGGAUCAAGCGAAGAAGGACAACGUUUUAGCCAAGAUUACAGACAAAUCUAAGGGUCGUAGAAGCAGUUUAAACAUAGACAUGAAAAAAACACUCAGUUCCUUUUACAGCACGGAUAAAUCGGACGGUAACUCAAAGUCGCAGAUAGAUCAAAUGAUCGCUGACAUUAAAUUGAAUAUUGCAAAAUCCAUCGAGAAUAAAAUCUAUGGUCCGGAAAAUGGUCUUGGAUUAAAUAAAAAUUUCGACAUGCCCAAGAUCGAAGAAAUUGUCGCGCCGCUCAGUACGGAGUCGCAGAAAACGGGAUUGGAAGACAAUGCCGACGAGGAUAAGUCCACUGUUACAAAUGAAAUCGCGUCAAACAAUUCAGAAAAUUCAGUACCAAAAGUGGCCGAUACUGCCAAAGAGAUCGAGGAGAAACUAGUCAAGUUUGAUAUUGGAGAAGCAGAGACACAUUCGCAGAACGUCCAAGAGAACAAGGCCUCCGAUAACGACACAACUAACGAUGUACAUAAUAUUUGCGAAUCUAUAUGUAAUAUAGGUAAUAAUAAUAAUAAUAAUAAUAAUAGUAAUAAUAAUAAUAAUGCUGCGCAACAGUCUCACAGGAAUGAAUCUGUGAAUGAGCCCGAAGUGGAGAACGUUGGUUGUAGUACAGCCAGCGACGCCUUAAUCAAUAUCGGUGAUAACGAGUCAAAGACAUCGGACGAGAAUAGGAAGAUUGUCACUACGAGGAAGUCUUCGAGAAUCACCGACAAAAGUUCAGACAGCGUUUGCAGUAGCGAGACAAGAAAAUCAAAUAGGACAGCGAAUAAAACGAAAUCGGAUAACGUGGAGGAUGUUUUAUAUACGGAUACACAAAAAUUUACAAAUGACGAAAUCGUAUCAGAGGAUCGUCCCGCGGAUGAUAAUACUGCAACUCUAUCUGUGGUACCUGUAUCGACAUCUCCCGAACGGAAGGCGGAAGAGGAACUUACGGAAGAAGAAAACGCGCAAACAAAAACGACCGAGGAAUCGGAAACUGAAGUCCCUCCGAACGUUAAGGAUAAUUCAGACGAGUCGGAAACGUUGGAAAGUAUAUCGCGCGAGGUAGAGAGAUUGGUAGCGGAAGAUCAAUCUGUCAAAUUAUCAUUACCAAGUGAUACGGACGAGAUGAUUCAAAGCAAGGUUGAGAUUUCCGAUACAAUGACGUCGGAUAAAGAGCAAGAAUGUGAUGAAAGCGGGGAUAGGGAAACGUCUGCUUUUCGCAGCGAUGCCUCUACCCCGAUUGGAUCAGUUGCCGAUGAGACGUCGAGUAAAAGCUGUGCGAACGGAAAAUCUGCUGACACGACCGAAACGUUACAAGAGAGCGAUACCUCAAACUGCAAAGCGGCGCAAAACGCAAAAAGUCCGAAAAUUAACAAUAACUUGCUACACGUACCAACUACCGUAAACUGUGAUUCAAAUAGUGAGUAUAGCUCUGUAAAUUCUAUAUCCGUGGAUACUUGCACAUCUGACCGGCCGAACGAUGAAACCAAGGAGCUCGAUUACGAUAGCGGUUGUUCAAAGGAAUUGAACAAAUCCAACGUUAUUAUGCUAAACACGGACGAAAGUACCUCGGAACAAAAGGCAGAGCAGAACGAAGCCGCCUUAAUAACGACCGACGAGAGCAAUAAGUCCUCGGAUGGCAAGGAUCUCGACGAGCGGAAAUCUAUUAACGAGGAAAACAGAAGAGUGUUACGAACACGUGACAAGAAAAGGGCCGAAAGCAGGCAAGCCGCAUCUCGCAGCCGAGAACACGUCGAUGGUGUCAAGAUUAAGACGGAGGAAGGUGGUGCGAUUCAAAAGACGCAGACCUCCGAUGCGCAGAAUGAUACCGAUGAGGUGCAAGGCCCGUUGGACGAUACCGCUGUUACGGAAGGUUCUCAAAAGGCAGAAGACGCGAGCGACUCGUUAAAUUGCCACGAGGCAAUUGUUGGCGAUGUUGGCGAACUCGAGAUUCAAUCUCGUAGCCGUCGCGGUAGAGAGAUGAAGAAACGCAGAGAGGAAUUGUCGCAAUUGUCCAGCGGUUCCAAGACGAAGCGCGUGAAGCGAGAUCAGCGAAAGUCCGAUCAGCAGAACAAGGAAGAGACCUUGUUGGACAACGAGGUCGCGAAAAUCAACGAGAACAACAGGUCGUUCUUGAACAAGUACGGCGGCGCCAGUGCCGAGCGCACCGACAGCUUUUGCGGAGUUUUCUUCGAGCAAGGCGGGCAAGCUGGAUUGGACAAGAUCGACAAAGAUCCUAAUUUACGUAGCAAAUCGGAGAAUGAUAUAACGAUUGUCGACGCGAAGUCUGGCAAGAAUGAGGAACGACACCUCUCGCGAAAUCUAUCCGAGAAUCACGUAUCGAAACAGACAACUGAUAAUGCAGAUAUGUUGGCGAACGAAUGCAAGACUCCCAAGACACCGGAGCUCGCGCAGAAAGAUUCCGACGAGACUUCCACAUCGGGUGAAUCGUUCAACAGCGGUACGCCCAAGAUUUUGGAAACGCCCGAAGAUAAGGAGAGGAAAGAGUCGAUUUUACGAAUGUUGGGACUUGAGUCUCUCGAGGAAGCCGCCAAGAGACAAAAUCAGCAAAAGACGAAGAAAGAACAAUUAUCUACAGGUACUCUGAAGACAAUUAUUCGAGUAUCGCAAAAGGAGAAGGACAAGGACAAGAGAGGGUCACGAUCUCCAUUGAAAAUGGUUCUUAAGCAGCAGGGACGAGGGGACGGAGAGGGUGACUCGCUCGAAUUCUACACCAUUCAAAAGGAGUUUGGAACCAGUGGUUUGGGAGAUAGCAGCUCUGGUGCGAACCGAAAGUUCACUACUAACCACAGACAUUCUUGCGAUGACGAUAACGAGGAAGCUACGCCUAAGGAUCGUCAGUCGCUUGUCAUUCCAGAAAAAUCAUCCUCUUUUUCCAUACAUCCUGGACGCGUGUGUGCUGAUGUAUGUUGCUAUUGUUUUGGAAAGUUUGGUUCUUUGGAUACGCCGAUGCAUCUAGCUCAAAUAAAGUCUGAUGAGAGACGUAAAAAGAUCUUGAAUGUAGAAAGACAUCUUACAAAAGAUUCAUGUCUGUGCGACGCAUGCUACCGCCACGUUGAUAGAAAGGCGAACACUAGCCCAGCAAACAUGCAGCAAAAACCACAGAAACAGCAUAGGCAGUUGAUGAUGUCAAAGUGCUCAGCACGCGAAUGUCGAGAUCCCGCGCGACAUCAUGUUAAGCGUCGUUGGUUACUUAAGAUAAAAACUGGUCUGCAGAAUCAGGUCGACAUAGACUGGGAUUCGAGUCAACACACCACAAUGUCGUUUUGCGUUAGUCAUUACGAGAAAAUUGGACGUUUUUUGACAUGCGCGCUCUGCAAGCGCCGACUCGCUCGUACGCAUACUCACCAGCUGACUAACGCGGAGACCAACGAAUUGAAUCACUUACUUAGCCAACAAGGGAUCCCUGUCUUGUUAGCGGUCGGCACAUUUGUGUGCAAGCUGUGUCGUUACUUUGCGCAGCUACAGCUUAAGUACAGGGACAUCGAUAAUAUGAAUAUGAAUCACAGAACUUUCUGCAAAAGUUAUCGAAAGCGGAUCUUACAUUAUCUUGGAAUCGAUGUAGCUUUGGAUGAGGAUGACGAUUCGUCGCAACAAACGAAUCAAACGAAGGACAAGAAAAACAAGAAGAGCACCAAAAGUUCGCAGCCCAAAAGCGGAAACUCUAAAUCUCCAGAACGUGCAACGAGCGGUACGUCGGAAAAAUCGACGCCGGAACCGAACAAGAACGAGACUGCGGUAGAAUGCUCCGAGAUGAGUAACGAGAGUCGUGCUCCCAAGUUGGGCAACGAUGAAAAUGGCGCAACGGACAUUCACUAUCUCGAGAGCACCGUGGAGAAUCUGAAGAAACGCAAAAUACUCGAUAUGCAUGCGUACACUCCGGGCUCAUCCUCUUCGUGCGACGGCAUAGUGGCGAAUGGCAUGACCCUCGGGAUGGAUGAGGUUACCUUGACGCGAUUACCAAAGAAGUCGAGGCUCAGCAACAACAACAAUAAUAACAGCAAUAACAACGACAUAACACCUGUGGUGCAGAGACUCGGUGCAAAUCCCUCCAUAAGUGUACGCACGCUUUUCCCAGGCGAGGAGGAAAUGAAUCUUCACGUUAACAUCGAGUUUCAAAAUGUGCGCGAGGUCACGCCACAAGGAUGGGAGAAGUGUGCGACGAUGAUUCAGUACGAUCGUGAAACCAAACAUCUCUGGCAACAAUUACAGCGACCGUAUGGUAAUCAAAGUUCUUUUCUACGUCAUUUGAUCCUUCUGGAGAAGUAUUAUAGAGCCGGCGACUUGAUAUUGGCGCCAAACGCCUCACGGAAUGCAAUCAACUAUUCCACUUCAGUACAGAACAGACUGAUAUCAUACGAGGGUCCGGAAAAAAUGGACGAACCUAUAAUGGAACCGAUCGCAACGGAAUACAGCAAUCCGCGUCGUUUGAGCGGUGGCUACGUAUUGGAGAAAGACAGAUUGUCUAUGCCCGGCACGAGUUUAAUGUCGAGACAAUCGACUAGCAGUGGCAAUGCGACGUCGUCGUCAAAUUCGAUCAAAAUGAACUCACAGCGAAUGCUCAAACUCAACUCGGGGGUGUCAAUCAUCAAAAAAUCGCCCCCAAAUUUGCAACGAUUAAGCCUACCGUCUACUAGCAGUAGUGGAGGUGGCUGCGGCAGCGGCGGCGGCGGCGGCGGCGGCAAUGGAAAUGGAAGUGGAAGCGGAAGCGGCGGUAGUGCCACAACGGCAAAUGGUAGUGGCAGCGCCGUUAAACGGAAAGACGGCCAAGCUUCAGCCUCCAUUUACGGUAGCGGCGGCAAGGUGUUUCAGUUGAGUGAGACAGACAUAAAACGAAUGCAAACCUUCAAACGGCAAAAAUUUAACGAUAGACCUGCUGCUGGAACGAACAACGGAUCGGUUGGCAAUACCAACUUCCGUUCGCAAUAUCAGAAGACGCAGAUUACCGUUCUUGGGCACAACCAACAAUUUCAGAGGCAUCUGCGAAUGCAGCAAGAGAGGUUGAAUCGUCAGAGUCGCGGUGACUUUGAACCACUGAUCUGCGACAUGACGCGUUCCGCUACCUCCGCGAAUGAAAGCAACCCGACGGGCCAAAAUAUUCUUCACAACCUUAACCUGCCGAAAUCGAUCCAGGUGACGACUAAGCCGACAUCGGCAAGCAAUCCGAUUCCGAUUUUGCCGAAAAUUCCGAAAUCUUUGACGGUAAUACCGCAAACCGUCACAAGAUCUGCUGAAAAAUAAGAAUGGGAGACGUAAGUAGACGUUGAGUACGCAGUCUGUUUAUUUUUCCCCCCCUUUGUUUCUUUUUCUCUCAAAAGGAGGAGAGACAGGGCAGCAAAGAUAAACGAUCGAUUGUACAAGAUUGUAUUUGUAUGCUUUUUUACGCGUCGAUAUCGAUUAAAUCUCAAAAUGGCCGCCAAAGCGAAGCAAGAUAAUGAACAUGGUCAAUGCUCGGAGAGCAAUUUUUGCCUUACGUGAGCGCAUUGCGAUAUGCACUUACCGAGCCUGAACGCUCAAAACACACACACAUUGAUUUUACGUUAUGGUUAAGACGAGACAGACUAUAGCGAUUUAUAUAUACUUGUUGCAUCAAUCGUGAUCACAAACUUGUAGAUAGAUUUAGUAGGAUAAUUCGAGCAAAUUGAGACACUUUGAUUCUAACGAUAUUAUACAUAUAUUAACAACCAAAGUUUCGCUAUAAAAUUCAUUAACGAAAAAACGUGUUGAACAAUGCUGUUUCCACGGAAAGUGCCUAAAGUAAGACAGGAGGUAGGAAGGAAACUGUUACUUUAAUAUUAAUUAAUUACGUAAUUAUGCAUGUGAGAGAUUCAGAUCCUCAGGUGCGGUACACGUAGAUACAUCGUACAUAUAUCGAGUUUUUUAAUAAAUAAAUAUCAAUCUGUG